ACUGAGUCAGAGUGUGUGUGUGUGUGUGUUUCUGUAGCUGAGAAGGGAGGCAAGCCUGGACAAGCAGAAGCUCUUCCUCAGUAUUUGUGUUUGGAAAGAAUGUAGAGAAGCCACUUCUCCUCUCCUCUCCCUGUCCUCUCAUCUGCCUUUUGUCUCUUCUGUGUCCUGUCGUCCUGCAGUCACCACAGUGACAGCUGACAUUGUUGCUGCAGCUCCACUUCCGUGUUUGCCAAGGCUUUUUUUUUUUUUUGGUCUGGGACUCUCUCUCAAUCUGGACUCAUCUCAGGGAUUUACCAACGGGGGCAAUGUAACCUUCUUGAGCAACCAUUGUCUGUGUGGGGUGUGUGUGUGUGCGUGACAGGGUGUGUGUGUGUGUGUGCCCAACUUCAGUCAACGCUCCGUGCAGUUUCUCAAGGACAUCCGUUUCCCCCUCGAGUCAGGACAUCUGCAGGAUUUGUCACUGUGAAGGGGAUGAGGAGAGUCCUCUGAUCACGCCGUGCCACUGUACGGGCAGCCUGCGUUUCGUCCACCAGGCCUGUCUGCAGCAGUGGAUAAAGAGCUCCGACACCCGCUGCUGUGAGCUCUGCAAAUACGAGUUCAUCAUGGAGACGAAGCUCAAACCACUGCGCAAGUGGGAGAAACUACAGAUGACGGCGAGCGAGAGGAGGAAGAUCAUGUGUUCGGUAACCUUCCAUGUCAUCGCCAUCACCUGCGUGGUGUGGUCGCUCUACGUUCUUAUCGACAGAACAGCGGAGGAAAUCAGGCUAGCCGGAAGAAUCCCAGGAAUCCUCGAAUGGCCCUUCUGGACCAAGCUGGUGGUGGUGGCCAUCGGCUUUACAGGCGGACUGGUUUUUAUGUACGUCCAGUGCAAAGUCUACAUCCAUCUAUGGAAGAGACUCAAGGCUUACAACCGCGUCAUAUAUGUGCAGAACCGGCCGGACACGUGUAAAAAGCUGGCGCCGGAGAAGCCGCCCCUCCUGGAGCCGAGUCUGGAGAACAAGGAGGUGCUGGUCCCCACCCAGUCAGACACAAACUCCUCCCAGUACACAGAGACAGAGGAAUACGGUAUGGAGGUGCUCCAUGUCUGACGGCAAGUUCAUUUCAUCGCUCGUUCCCGCUCACGUGCACGCCACCGGGCCAACGGUGAAGGGGAGCAGUCGUGGGAGUUCUUGUCAUCCCAGAGUGAUCUUCUGCCCUCCUGUGACUCCACCGCCUUCUGUCCACCUGCCACACCUUCUUCCUUUUGCUCUCACCGUUUCUUUCCCAGAUACCGAACUGUUUGGAUUGACGUUUCGAACUGGAAGUAGGGGGGUCUGGGGCAUACGUGCGUGCACUCGGAUGUGUACACCUUCAGAUGAGCAGGACGAAGACACAAACUCACAAAAAGCUCACAAGUUCUACAUGGAUUUUAUUUUUGUUUUUUGCUUGUGGGUUUGUUUCGAUUUUAUUUUUUUCUCGUGAGUCGUGGGCUAAGCUGGAUCAAUGUAGCGUCACACAUCGAAUUUCUGGAACAUUCCAGAUACUGCCAUCUCCCCCCGCCGCUCCGAGUCCAACAGGGUCUUUGGACGUGCAUUGAAGCACUUUUUGGUUUUUGUCAACCCUGCCAACAAAUCCACUCCCUUCCUCAACUUCUUUUCUUUUUUUUUUUUAGAAUGACCUAAAUCUUGCCGGUUGUUCAGUGGGGAAAGCACAAGCAACCUUUUACUUGGAAUACUACUACUUUUACAGAUGACCCCUCCCCCCAGGAUGGCAUAAAAAAGGGAUUUGGGUUUUAAAAUGGAAAACCUGCUGAAGGAAACAGAAAAGUUGAGUUGGUAUCAUCUGCCACAUGACUCCUUUUCACCAACACAAACUCUCUGAAGGCUUCGAGAAUGUAAUCUUUUUUAAAAAAUGAUUGAAAACGAAUAAAAUGAUGGAAAAAAAAUAUUUUUUUUACUAGCAACAAGAAACUGCAAGACUUAUUUCCAUGUCUUGAAAGUAGUGCGAGCCUUUGGGCACUUAAUUGCAUUAUGCUUUUUGUUUGUUUGUUUCCUGUCUUGUGAAUGACAGUAUUUACAGUGUAAUAUUCCAUGUGCAGUUUUUAGUGUGCUGAUUUGUUUGCUUAGUGAUGAGACGUUCCAUUAUACACCUGGAGACAUCCACAGCUCAGUGGUUUCAGUUUGUUUUGUUGCUCCCGCUGUGCAGAUGAUUAGUUAAAACCUACAAGCAUUUAUUAAAAUGAAAACCUGAUUUCUAACUGCAGCUUUUAAUUUUUUGUUGGUCUGCAGGUCAGACUUUGCAUAUUUAGAUUCUGUCCCCAGCACCACCACCAUGUAUCUCCACAAAUAAGCAUAAAAUGAGAAAGCGCAUUUUUGAACUGCAACAUAAAACUUUUCAUAAAGUGAAGGGAACAGAUUCACUGUUGUCACAGUUUUUUCCAGACUUUCUCACAUGGUCUAUGACGUCUGUAUUUGUAAUUUCAGCACAAAACAGCCAGUGUUGCUGCUCUCUUGAUUUAUGUCUCCGCAUCUCGCCUCGUGGCUCGUUCAAGACAAUUAAAUCAGUUUAACUUUUUUAUUAUUAUUAUUAUUAUUAUUUAUCAACAUUUAAUCCCAUUUUUUUAAAGACAGCAAGGAAUAUCCAUACAUUUUUCCUCAACAGAAUUUAGAUGUAUAUUUUAUUCAUAUGAGCUGACUUGGUCGCCACCUGCUGGUGUGGAGCAGACACUGCAGUCUGAGCUGAGCAGGAUUUCUCCAGGUGACGCAUUUCUGGGCUUUGACUCAUGAAAAUGCUUUUUGUUUUUGUCGGAACACAGCAAUGCAAGGCUUUUACAGCCAAUCCAGCAACACAGAUUUUUUUUAACAAACAUUGAUGCCAGUUUGCAGUCCGAACAAUAACGAUCCAACAAUACAUCUAAUGGUUGCAGCAGCAAUAAAUUAAAGCAGUGCUCAGUUUAUUUUUUUAUUAUUAUUUUUUUGUGAGAAUGCAUACUGUAUUUAUGUUCAUGCCCUGUGGUGAUUUGAGAUCUGGAGUUUGAUAUCUUUGUCUUAGACAAUACGAGCCGAGGGAGUUGUUGUGUGUCAAGUUUGAUUAAGACCUACUGAGAGGCUUCACAGAAACUUCACCUCUCUGAAGGCUCAGUGCAAUUAGACAGAUAAAAAGUGCAAUUACCCUUUUGUUGUUCUGCUCUGCAGUAAUAUACUGGUGUUUAAUGACCAGGGUGUCCUGUGGAUUCAAAUUGAUUCUUUCUUUUUGUCUUGUAUUUAUAUUUAACAGAAAAGGGUACACUUUGUCCACUCAAACCCCCUUUCAUUUGUAAUUUCAUGCAAUUUACACUGUUUUUUUUUUUUUUUUUUUGGUUUAAACAAGUGAAAAUGACCUCCACUCUUGUUUUGCACUUUGUCAUUUAGAAAGCUUUUUAAAUACUGUGUUCAAAUUAAAUUAGUUUUAAAAAAGCUGCUAUGUGUGGAAACCACAGCAUUAGAUUUAAAUUUUUUUUAAGAAAUAAAAAUGACUUGGAAUUAAGAUGUAGUUUUCCUGAGAUGAAAGUUUUUUUUCCUUUUACCUUUCAACUCGCAGGAGCUGGCUCCUUUCUUGAAGUUGAUAUUUUUGAUGUAGGUUUGAUUAAAAAGACAAAAAAAAUCGGGCCACGUUAAAGAGUAAAAUCCAGGAGAGGUCUUCUUGUCACAAGUUUGUGGUCUUUUUCAUCAUAAUCCACGUCUGGGAAACUGAGCUUUACAAAUCGUCACUCUUCACUGAUUUCAAAAGACUUAAUAUUUUCUGCUCAACUUAUUUUCUAUCUUUACCCAGAAUGCCGAGUUCGUUCACAACUGGGAUUAUAGUGUAACUUGCAUAAAAACUACAUUUGUUUACUACUGACUGGACUUGAACAUAUGACUGUUCCCCUGUCUUAUAUCAUUCCACGUUUGUCUGUGAAUUUUCUUUGAGAUGGUAACUGUAAAGACUUUGGUAAAGAAAAAAAACAAUUAAGUUUUUAAAGGAAAUAUUGAUGUUUUCAGUUAAUUUACGAUGUUUGAACAAAUGUAGAAUUAAAGAACCAAAUAAAAAUUCA